AUGUCUGCGGAUCCGUACGAGUCGCUCACAUUCGGCAACUCGCUCUCGGUCCGAGUGGACGGCGCCAUUGGCGCCAUGUCGCUCUCGCCCAAUGGCCGAGACGCCGUUCUCGCAGGCCGUCGUGGCCUCUUCAUCAUCGAUCUAGACGACCCCUUCAGGACGCCGCGCUGGCUCCACCACAUCACGUCGUGGGAGGUGGCAGACGUGCAGUGGUCGCCGCACCACGCGGCGAAACCAUCGUGGUGCAUUUCCACGUCCAACCAGAAAGCGCUUCUUUGGGACUUGGCACGGCCGUCCAACAAUGCCGUUCAGAACGUGCUUCACCGGCACACGCGCGCCAUCACCGACAUCAACUUCCACCCGCUGGACCCGGAGCUCUUGGCCACGUGCUCCAUCGACACGUUUGUGUUGAGCUGGGACAUGCGGACGCCGCGGCGGCCCGUGGGCAAAUGGGCCGAGUGGCGGGCCGGCGCCACGCAGAUCAAGUGGAACCACAGCAACCCGUACCAGAUCGCGUCCAGCCACCACCACAGCUUCUACUUGUGGGACUCGCGCCACGGCGCACGGCCGUUGCUCCACUUGGACAAUGCGCACGAGGGCAAAAUCAACGGCUUGGACUUCAGCGGCUCGCACAACAAGUUGAUGACGUGCUCGAACGACAAGAGCGUCAAGUACUGGGACCUCAACACGUCGCUCUCGGACGGCGGCCUACAGCCGACUGUGGUGAUCAAAACAGACUAUCCGGUGGCCCGCGCACGGUCUCUUCCCUUUGGAAACGACCACUGUUGCGGUAUAAUGCCUGUCCGAGGCGGCGACAAUGCCGUGCACGUGGUCAACUACGAGGCCGUGUACCAGGCGGCGCGGUCUUUGGGCGAAACGGGCGUGUUGGACGUCACUCCCGACUACUCUUUCAAGGGCCACCACGGCCCAAUCAAAGACUUUCUCUGGCGCACCAGGCACGAGGCGUACGAGGGCUACGACAGCAAGCACUCGUGGAAAGAGUAUCAGCUCGUGACGUGGUCGCUGCAUGACUACGACUUGAAGCUCUGGCCCCAUGACGAUGCCUUGUACCGGACUGUGGACUACCAUCCGCUCCAUCAGAAGCUCUUGGGUCCGCUCGCAGACGAUGGCGCCAACGGUUCCAACGGCGGCUCAGCCGAUUGGUCUGGCCAGUCUACGCCUGUGUCGGAGAUUGAGGAGCCUCAGGCUGGUGCCAUGAAGUACAAUACAUAUUGCAUGGAGCCGCCAUUGUCGCUAAGUGACGUUUCCAAAGACGCGAGCGGCGAUCUUCUCUCGUCUUUGGCGCUUAUCAAAAUCAAGCAGUCGCAGGAAAAUUCGGGAGGCCACUCGCAAUUGAACCACUUAACGUGGAUAUCUGGAGUGCGCAUGGGUAGAACGGGUUUGGAAAACCUGGCGUUGGAAAAAGAUGACGGGCCAUCCAAUUUGGGCGAAGAGGUUAGCAUUGUUGGCCACAAGUUUCCGAAGAUCCGCUUCGAAAAGAUUUCCGUGUCUACGGGCCAUCUUGUCAUGUCUUUGCGUGGGCCACUUCCAACAACUAAAGAGGACUCGGGCCUGCAAUCGAGCGGACCCGCCAAAUCUGCUGGUGAAAGGAAGGACAGUGUCCAGGAAAGUGUCUCUCCAUCUGCAGUGGUGUCUCCGAACACCACGGUCGCUAAUGCAGGCAGCGCUCUCCCUUCUGCUGUCCAGACAUCUUCUAUCCAUCAGCCCGUUUCUUCAGGAAACACCUCUUCAAUCACACAGAAUAUUCCUACAGUGCCAGCAAACCUUCCAGCAACUAAUAUCGCAACAACAAACGUCCCAGCAUCCAAUAUUCCUCUGACGAACAUUCCUGUUGUGGCCGCUGGUCCAAGCACGGGCCCCACUCGCAAUCCUAGCCUGGCCAACGGGGCAGCUUUGCAAGCAGAAAGUCAAUCCAAUAAUGAUGCAUCUCCAGAACAGAAACUCGUUUUUAUUCGCCUUGACAUUCGAUUCCCGAAAAUGUAUCCGUACUUGGAGAAUACGGAACUGAAACGCAAGAACAGCAAAAAGCAUAAGAAAGGUAACGAGAUCAAAUUCGACAUAGAGGAGACCCACGAACUCACAAAACCCAUCAAAGAAGAGAUGCUCACCACACUCAACAACAUAGCAUUUUUUUACUCCAACAAAUACAACAAAUAUUGUUUGGAGCCUUGUUUGCGAUAUCUCAUGGGAGACAAGAUCGAGCUUGACGACACUUUGAUGCUUGAUGCUGGUUCGAGUGGCGAAACUCGAGAUAUCUCUGAUUUGGAGAUGGAAGUUGAAGUGGGUGCUGAGGAUUGGGUCGACGAUUUGAUCAACCAGCAUGAAGCUGCAAGCACUUUGGUGAGAGAAAUGCCCAAUUUGGCAGAGGAAGAUGAUGACGAGGAUUACGAUUUGAUUCCUGCAGUGAACGAUCUAUCUGCCAGCCACGAUCUGUCAAGAAUCAGAGACGAUAGCAACGUUUCUGCAAACGAUAACCUGGUGGGUCCAGAUGGGAAUAUUAAGCAUGAUACAACUCCGUUGCCGAAGGGAUGUGGUGCAAUUUGGGCUCCAUCUGGUCAACUUGUAUGUUUCUUCAUUCCCCAAAGGGAAGAUAAUUUGUUGGAAACAAGACUUGCACGAAAGUUGCACAUGACAAGAAACGGAGAGUCUCUGGUAGUGAAGACCUACAGUGAACUUGAACUCUCUGAUAGUCAAUCAUCUGAAAGUGAAGAGUUAGAAUCUGAGGACGAUAGAUCGUCCCUCACAUCAAAUUCCUCUGAUGAUAGUCUAUCCCACGACUGGAAUGAAAUGUUGCAGGACGACAUACCAUCUCGGUCGCGUGUUCCAGGAAUGUUUAAAGGAGCAGUGGGGAUAGAUCGCAAAUUUUUGAGGAAGGAAAACAUCAAGUCUUCCAUUAAUAGAACUUUCAGUGGCAAGGAACACGGCUCAAAUUAUAAGUCAUCGGCUUAUGGAGAUACCAGUCUGAGAUCUACUAAAAGAACAAAAAGGGACACUAAGAACGUCCAAAAUAUUGUCACUGUUCUUGAUUUCAGCCAUCUUAUGCCCGAUAAAUUUGAGUUGGCAUGCGAAUAUCGCGUACUAGGAGACUCUCCAGAAAAUCUAGCCAGAUACAACAGCCAUGUGGCUUUCUCCAAAGGUUAUAAAGAGUUAAGUGACGUUUGGAGGAUAGUGGAGAUGAUAUUAGUAAAGGAUGUGAGUCCCCAUGACGUUCCUGAUAUAGGCAAGGAUGUUUUCUUCAGCGAAGGAGACUUCAAAGGAAGGUACUUCUGGGGGUCUCACCCAUUCGGGCAUUCAUGGCUUAUCGUCAAGCUUUUUGACUACUUCGAAAAGGCUGGAAAUUUGCAAAUGCUUGCAAUGUUGUCUUGUAUUCUUUUUGAGAACAUCAGCAACAUUCGGGCCUCGGAAAAUGGUGACUACAAGGUUCCUAUUCACACACCUUACUCAUCGUUACCUCCUGUGCCAUCUGUUGUUAACAUUAAGGAAUACGGAGUUUCUGUCCGGGAGUCUAGAGCCUCAUUGGCGAUGGGAUCCAUGUUUUCACAUCCUGAGGCCUUUGACGAAUUUGCACUUUCAAGAAAACCAUCCACCUUAAGUGCCAUAGCCGAUGCAGAUGCACCCACUUCUGUUUCAAAUUCCAUGGAUAACUAUUCUAGAAGCUCCUCUCCGCACAUUUUGAGCCCUUUCAAAAAACACUAUGGCUCAUUUGUGCCGCUGCUGGAAUCCUCGGUACAGUGGGACCACACUCCUGGAAAGAACAACAAAUGGUUGGAAGGUUCCAGGAGACAGUCUCGCCUGACCUUGACCAGAAAAGACAAGAAUAUUUCCACUAGAAGAACGCACCACAACCUUACUCCUGGUGCAGGCAAGCCAAGGCCUCCUCCAACGUUUAUUGUUGAAAUGAAGAACAUCCAUUCUUUGGAUUUAUACGAGCAUGUCUAUUCAAAGUCGCUUUUGAGCGAGUUGGAUGAGAAUAAAAUAAUGGGCUACAGAGAUCAAUACGCAGAUACCCUUUAUUUAUGGGGGUUGCCCUUUAAUCGCAUCAAAAUCUUGAAGUUCAACUAUCCGGAGAAAGACAAUAGGAAAUCCGAAUCUGCUUUUGACUCUCACUCGUGCGGGUAUGGGUUCCGGCCCAGAAAAGCAAUGGACCCUAACCAACAAUUAUUAUCGCCACUAACGCCAAUACCGACAGCGAAGCAUAAUAGCUGGAACACGAGAAAAAGAAAUAAAUUCCAAUAUUGUGGUCUUUGUGGGCUUGUUGUGUCGAAGAGAGUGGUCCUUUGCAUACAUUGUGAACACGUUCUUCAUUCAGAAUGCGCAUCAUCGUGGUGGUUCACUGAAAAAACGGAUGAGAAGGAAGGCAAUGAGGACGAUUCUCAUGACUUACAGGAGUGCCCAACUGGAUGUGGAUGUAACUGUUUGGAUUACGAGAUUUGA